AUGAGAUCAGCUGCAAAUAAUAAAAAACAUUAUUCCCCAGUUUCCCUAUCUAUAUCAUCUUCUGCUACAUCCUAAGAGGAGGAAAAAUAUGGGUAAAGCAGAACUAAAUAUCUUUAAGAUGCUUAAGAUGUGUUGGAAAAUUAAACCAAAUUGAAAGGCAAUAGAGAUAAUGAUUAGAUUAGUUAAAGUGAAAAGAGCAGCUAGGAUUCAGAUGAUUCCAUCAAUAGCAAAUAAAGAAUUGAAAGCGAGGAUUUCUAUCAAUCCAGUGAUCAGUCAGAUUUAGAGAAACAAAUUGAGAAGGAUUUAAGUGAGUUGCUUUAAAUUGGAUUUGAAAGACUUGAAUAAGAUACUAAGACAGAAUUAUUGAAGUAGUACUAAUUCUCAAAUACACAAUAGGUAAAUGAAAUAUUAGCAGGCAAACUGUUCAAUUUUCAAAACUAAGUUAAGCUUUUUCAUAGCUUAUAUAAGCAAGGAUACUUCACCAAUGUACAUUAGAAAAAAGUGAGACUUUAAAAGGAUUUAAAUCUGAUCUAAAAACGAAAUUUACUUUAAGCUCAACUUGAUGACAUAGAAGCAACAAUAUAGAACAUGCAAUAAACUGAAUAAAUCUUUACAACACUAUUUUUAUCUGAUGAUCAGUCGACUUAAGAUUGUAAACCUCUAUCUCAAGAUUUUUAUAUGGAACAAUUGAGAGGGUUUGAUGAAUUUAGAACUAGCUAAGACUCAGCAAGAACUCUUAGUUACAUAUCUGAAAUGGAGACUGAUAAUCCUAAGUCAGAAUAUAAUAAACAGAGAAGAAGGGACAUCAAAGAGCUUUCAAAGUAGUUUGCGAAAGAUGCUAUCAAAAGACACAAUAAGAAAUAACUUCAAGCCUUUACUUUUACCACUGAGAGCAGAUUGCCAGGUAGAAUGAGACCGAGUUUGAAUGAGUUGGUAGAUGAGGACUUUGACAUUAGUUGGGUUCAUACUAGUGAGAGGUUCAAAAACUUUAAUCGAACCAAACAGAUUUUGACUAUACCACCUACAAAGGCUGAAGAUAUAGAUGAUUACAGGAAAUAGGAAAUUGAGAGGUAUAAAUACCCACUUGAUCCAUGGAUGUACAGCAUAACUGAUGGAAGAAAGGCAAUAGUUGGUCCAGUAUUUAGAAAAAGAGCUUAAAUCUAAAAUAGACCAAGAGAACACUUAUUCUUAAAGAGUGAGAGACCUCCAGGAGUAAACAUUCUAGCAUUGGUAAGAGACGCUGCAGCUAGGUUACCAGAUCAGGUUGGCACAAGGACAGACGUUGCUGAAUUAGUUAAGGAUUCUCAAUUUCUGGCUGAAGGUCUAACAGAUUAUUAUAUUUCUCAAACAGUAAGUGGUGGUCUAGAUAGACUAUCAGCAGAAGAAGAUCCUAGUGUCAGAUUCGAUCCUUCUAGUAAGUUAUGGAUAUACUUGCAUGGCAAAAGAACUUUGGAUUCAUCUAAAUGGGCUACUGGUAUUAAUGAAUGUACUAAAAAAGCCUUUGAAAAGAAUAAUGAAAAAUUCUUCACCUCAGGAUUUUUGGUUGGCCCAACUAAAUCAGCAGGAGGAAAUUCCAAUGAAACAACCGAUAUAGGCACUUCCCACGGUCUCCCAGCCACCGCUACCAAUGAAAAAAUCUCUAAUUUAUUGAAAGCCGAGAACAUUAAUCACGUAUCUGUAAAUAUUCCAGCUCAGAGUGAUAAUGGAACUGGCACCAUCUACUUCAAUUCAAGGCCUGAUUUCGUAAAAGCUGCAAGUGCUAUAAGGAGUCUUAAACUUGAUGACAAAAAUCUUAAUUUUAGAGUUCAAACCUACGGAGACUACAAUCCCUCCACCAGUGUUUUUGUCAAGUUCUUCUCUGAUCUAGUAUCUGAUUAAGAUCUCAUUCAGGAAUUCUCUCAAUGCGGACUAGUACUAUCACUAAUGGUAAAUCCAACAAUGAUCAAUUAAUUUGUUGUGAAUAGAUCCUCCAAGAUUAAUAGACUAAGAAGUCGAGAGCUUGAUGGGAAAUAAUUGAAGAAUCAUCAAGGAAGUAUUUAAGUGAGACUAUUCGAGCAGCCUCAAAAGACUUUUGCUCAAAAUUAAGCUAUCCAAAACGAUAGACAACAGAAAGGUCUUGCUUUCCAAAGAAAAUCAAACCUCUUUGUCAAGGGAAUUCCCUUUAAUGUAGAUGAAAACUUCUUGAGAGAACUUUUUGGAAGAUACGGUAAAUUGAGAAGCGUGAUGUUGAAGAGAUUCAACAUACCCAAUCAGCAGGCUCAGCCAUUCUUCACUUCAGCUUACUCAAUUGCUUAUAUUGAUUACGAAAGAGAAGAAGAUGCUCUUAAAGCCAUCGACGAGCUUAAUCACUACAUAAUCAAUGGCGCUCUCAUCUAGGUUGAGAUGUACGAGAAGAGCUCACAAAAUGCUGCUUUAAGAGACAGCACCUACGUGAUUGGAAAUGAAAACCUCAGAGCUAUUUUCAUUAGAAACAUCAAGAGAGAUGUGACUGAGCAAAGACUUAAAGAGAUUUGUUCAAAGUUCGGCAAUGUUCUCGACUGCUAACUCAAGACCUACGAAGUGGACGGCGAAGUUAGAUCUAAGGGUACCGCCCAAGUUAUCUUCUCCAAGAAGGAGGAGGCUUCUGAGGCCAUCAAGAAUCUCUACUAUGAGGACGAUUUGGGAGACAAGAUGGAUGUCGACUUCUUCAAACUUAAGGAAGCCAGAAUCCAAGAAAUGGACAAACAAAUGAAUCCAUUUAACUCUCAUGAGUUCCAGAGAAUGAUGAACAACAAUAGAACUCCACAAUAUAGAAUGCAAUAUCAAUAAUAGAGACCACAGAUUUAUAAUGCUCAAGACUAGCAGCAAAGGCCACGCCAAUAGCCAUUUGAGAAUGCUUAACAGUAUCAGAACGUGAGGACCUCCAUGCCUCAGUAGUAAACUCAAUAUCGUGCAAGACCUAGACAAUAAAACCGUGGAAACUAGCAAUAGCAGCACUCCUAUUAAAAAAGAGCCCCAGGUCAAUAUCCAAGACCAGGCCAACCAAUGGGAUAAUACCAAGGAGGCUUCAAUCAGCCACAACCAAUGAUGCCGAUGAAUCAAUUCGGAGCUCCAUUUUAACAGACUCAGCCAAUAAUGGGCUUCAUACCUCCUCAGAACCAGCAAAUGAGAUAGUUUGUGCCAACUCAAAUGCAAUAACAGAUCCCUAUCCCUCAAGCUUUAGUCCUCUUCAAUCUUAAUGAAUAUCAAUCAAAGACUACCCUAGCUGAACAAAAGGAGUACAUUGGUAACUUGAUCUAUGACUUUAUAGAACAGAGAUACCCAUAAGAAGCACCAAAGAUCACAGGAAUGAUUCUUGACCAGAAGCCAGAGGAACUAAUGAAGUAUGUCGCCAACAGAGACUUAUUCUACAAUCAAGUUGAUAUUGCUAACUAACUUAUUCAACAAGAAAAAGCAAAAGCAUUAUCUCAAUAGCAAUAAUGA